ACGGCUUCCAUAACCAGCAAAGGCCCAAACCAAACAUCAGAGGGCAGAGGCUUCAGAGAUUCUCCGAACGAUUUUGGCUUUCAAUUGUUGUUUCAGUUUAAUGGCUCAACCUCAGACCGUAGCGGAUGCAAAUAGGGAUCUAAUAAGUCAUCUGCCGGCAGAGAUAAAGGACAGAAUUUUGGAGUGUUUGCCCACUCGAGACGCUGCCAGAACUGCUCUGCUCUCAACCCACUGGAAUGAUGCUUGGUUGCGCCAUGGCCGCCUUGUGUUUGAUUUCAACUUCUUCUGGCAUUUCAGAGAAUCCAAAGGUUAUACUCUCCUACCUUUCGUUCAAAUAAUAACACGCAUUCUCUUGCAGCGGAUUCCACCCGUGAAGAAAUUUAGUCUAGCCAUCCCUUCCCUCGAAUUACUUGAUCCUAAGCUGGAGCAGUCCGCUUUAGAUCAGUGGUUUCAUUUUCUAUCGAGAAAUGGCGUUGAGGAACUUCGCAUCUCUAAUGGGGGAAAUGUCACCCCAUAUAAGCUGCCACUUUGUAUAGUCUCGUGCCCGACAAUCAAGCAGCUGAGACUCUGCAAUGUGUAUUUUGAUUUCCCACUAAAUGCUCCUUGUAUUUUUCCCUGUGUCACUUCAUUAGAGUUCUUCAGUGUUGCCUUUAGUCAUAAUGUUAAUGGAAUUGUGUAUAGUAUUCCUAAUCUUGAGAAGCUUUAUUUAAGUAAUUGUAGAUGGAUCAGUAAUUUUAAGAUUAGUGCUCCAAAACUUGAAAGCCUGUCUAUCACUGGUUGUAUAUAUGAGUUUGGUUUUAUAUGUAAGUUUGAAUCGAGUUGGUUUGCACUUCAUUUGAGAGCAAUUAAGGUUCUUUGCAUGGUGGGCGGCUUGUUCUUGAAUUGGAGAGAUGCUGUAGUAGCCUCCUUCCCAACUGCAAUAAAUCUGCAAGUACUCAAACUGCAUUCUUUUGAGUUUGCCAGUGAAAAGCAUCUCAAGGGUGUUUUGCAGUUGCUUCAAAAAUCUCCCAAUCUAUGUGAACUGGAGAUUACAGGAUAUGAUGAAAUAGAAGAAGAUGAUGACAUGGAAGAUGAUUUCAUGGAAGAUAAUGACAUAGAAGCUGCUUCAAGACUUCUGAAGGAUCCAGAGAGUUGCAUUAUUAAUCAGGAUCUAAAAGUGCUUAAAACAAUCAAGAUUAAACUGUUCUGUAGAUCCCCAGUUGAAAUGCUGUUUAUGAAAAUGCUGCUCUCAAAAUCCCCUAUACUAGAGAGAGUUGUUAUUACGGAAUAUCGUUAUAUAAAAGAUGGUUGCACGGUGAUCAAGUUCCUAAGGGAGUUGCAAUGCUUCCCUCGUGCAUCUCCAAAAGCACAGAUUGUCAUCAAGGGCAAAAACUAUGCUUAAGGACUGGUUGGUUUAGCUAUGCUUCAAUUUGUAUGCAACUUAGAAAUGUAAGCAAUGGUGAUGGUGGAACUUGAAAUGUUUUGUUAGAAAUGCAAUUGGUCAAUGUUUAUUUUUAUUAGGAGGAAGAAGAAGAAUAGUUUCUUACUAUCUUUAAUCCGUAAAAGUGUUGGAGUGUUGGUUAAAUUUUUAUUAGGAGGAAGAAGAAGAAUAGUUUCUUACUAUCUUUAAUCUGUAGAAGUGUUGGAGUUUUGGUUACUUGGUGGAGUUGGUGCUACUUUGCUAGGUAGUAGUUACCAUCUGUAAAUCUGUAAUUAAAUAUUUUGUUAGUAUUUUGUCUAAGUUGUUUGAUGAUUUUAGACUUUUAAUGCAAUUUAGCACUUAGUUUAGCAUUGUAUUUUGCACUUCAAAUCUGUAAACUUUAGUUUUGUAA